GUGGCAGAAUGCAGAGAUGCUUUAUCGAUAGAAGAAACAUUUGAGUUACUGCCAGGAGAUUCGCAAUAGUACCUUCAGUCACUAAAUACCCCAUUCGUCGUCCUACAUGCAUAUGAUUCUUGCCACCAUCGCUUCAGUUAUAGCGGGACUAAUUUGAAAUUGACUUGAGCAAGCUAUCAGGUGUUACUAGGAUUCCACAUUUCUUCGUCUCCGAUUUCGCAUCAACUCCAUCUGCAUCUCCUGCGAACUGCUUUCCUAUUACUGGGUCUGAUUGAGCCAGCCCAGCUCGAGCAAUACAUUACCUGGUGCUGAUAUCCCUCUGAUUGGAAGAAUCCAUUUCAUAGGCUGUCAUCUCUGGCUGCCGGCGACGUUCUCGACAGAGGGCAUCUGCCUCGAUCACAAUGAGCAAAUUCAAUAGGAGGCUGCGCCUCCAAGGGGCGCUCUAUACUCUAGACUAUCAAGUCGAACACAAAAUGCCUUUCAUUGCAACUCAACAACUCGCUAUGAACAACAACCCCGUGAGACUCAAAAUCGCCCAUAUGUACAAGACUCGGCCUCGCGAUACGCUAUGGUACUCAAUGAGUCACCGUCUGCUUUUAUCCCGCAAAAGUGUGGUCCGGACAUGGGCAUUAGGACGGUCGAGAGUGGCUUUUCGCAAAGCAUUGGAAGAGCGUGGAUACGAUAGGGACGGUCGAGCGAUACCCUCAGUUCCGAGGGCAAAAGAGGAGGAGAAACGUUUAACCAGUCUCCGAGGAACGGCUGAUUUUACCGUUCGUGAAGAGGUCAUUAAGGCGAAAUUCUCAGACAUUGAGAAGGAUAUGCGACACAUUGUGGACAGGAUGAUCAAGACGAGUCUCGCUGCGCCGGUAGCGGAUAAAGACAAAGUUUCGCCUGUGCAGCAGCGUGUACUUUAUACCAAGCCGCGUAAAGCUGCAUAAUUCUUACGAUAUCUGCUGUAAAUGAUAGAAAAUGAAAAUAAUAACUCUAUCAAUCUUGUUUGGCAUAGUAGAUCCUGUUGAUCGGCUGGUGGGAG